ACAAUUGCAGCCCAACGCUUAAAUCAGCUGGCUCUGCUCGGCUGAGUUUGGCAGAAAUCAAAAAUUCUAAUUUCUCUCUAACCGACACAAGACAAGCAGCAGACAACUGGAAUAGUGAAGGGGAAUCUUUCAGGCAUUGAUUGAACACAUCGCGGUUUCUUUAGACUCGUUACGCCUUUGGAAAAUGCUACCAAGUCCACUGGCGUUGCAAAAUUCUGCGAUAAAAACAACAAAGAAGCGACGUCUGAAAUAGGAGCAACAAAAAAAACGAAAUAAUCAAUUAAAAUCAAAGUGAAAGCGAGUGUUUUUCGCGGAGUGUCUAUAACGUUAAACAGUUCAUCAGGAUUCCGAUUGCUACAAAGGACAAAACCAAAAGUUGCGUGAACAGCUGCAACAGCUGCGUGGGCAGCGACGCGGCAGAGACGCCGGCAUAAGCUGCGCAGCAACAGCAAAAACAACAAGCUUUUCGGUCUUUUUCUGUUUUCUUUCCAACAAUGGAAAUGCGUGAGGUCUUGAGUCGCGAGGGCAGAGAGGCGAAAAAUCUGCUCGUCUACCAGUUUUGCGAUGAGACAACCUCAAGUGGUGCUACCAGUGGUUUCGGAUCCACGGGCGGCGACGUUGGAGGAGGAUCAGGUGGCGAUGGACCAGCUGUUGGAAGCGGAGGCGUUCUUUUAAACGGCUAUCGAAAGCCACCCAUGGUGCCACCGAAGUCGCCCAACGGCACGCCCAAAAACUGUCAAUCGCCCACUUCCCCACGUCUGAAAUCCUCUGCCAGUGUAGGAUGCGGCGGAGGCAGUAGUGGUGGGCCACGCGUGCGCAGCGCCUCCACAGGAAGGGACAAGAAGUCGGAGCUGCAGGCCAGAUACUGGGCCUUGCUAUUCGGAAAUUUGCAGAGAGCUAUUAAUGAGAUUUAUCAGACAGUGGAGUGCUAUGAAAACAUUUCCAGUUGCCAAGAGACUAUUUUGGUGCUUGAAAACUAUGUGCGAGAUUUUAAGGCGCUUUGCGAAUGGUUCAAAGUGUCGUGGGACUAUGAAUCUCGACCACUACAACAGCGUCCCCAAAGCCUGGCUUGGGAAGUGCGCAAGAGCAAUCCCACUCCCAGAGUUCGGACUAGAAGUCUCUGCAGCCCCAACAACUCGGGCAAAUCCAGUCCAGCCUUGUUUCCGGGUACUCAAUCCGGAGAAACCUCACCGUUCUGUGAUAAUGGACAGAUUUCGCCCAGGAAAUUACUGCGUGCCUAUGACCAAGUGCCAAAGGGAGCAAUGCGACUGAAUGUCAGAGAACUUUUUGCAGCCAGCAAGAGAGCUACUCAAGGAUCAUCUCAAUCUGAUAACAUGGAGGGUCCUCUAGAUUUAAGUGGCGACAAAUCUAAUUUCGUGUUGCGCAGCACGCAGUAUGCCCAAACGGAUUUGGAGGAUCCACAUCUAACUCUGGCGGAUGUCAGGGAGAAAAUGCGCAUGGAGGCGGAGGAAAGAGAAGCUCAAAAUAGAAUUGAAAAUGAGGCUUUAGAAGAAGUGACCAUUCCAAUAGACAAUGAAGACGCAACGGAAAGCUUAAACAAACAAGAGCCAUCUUCGCUCGAACUACCAAUUCAUAACGUAGCGGAUUUAAGCAAAGAACCUGAAUUAAUGGAAGCAGCUUCAGAAGCAACUGCUCUAGAGAUGACUGUGGCUUCUCUGGAGUCUAUGGAAAACGCCUUACUUAAUCAGCAGGCAAAUAAGGAGCCCACGCCGCCAAGCACUGUCAUUAAACCACUUGCGGAAAUUUUGAAGAAACCACAACCCUUAAAUCCUUUAUCAGGAAACAAUGUUCAAAACAGUCCCCUUAAGUAUUCCAGUGUGCUAAAUCGUCCUUCGAAGAAGAUGAUUCCACCACCUGGAGGAGUAGCAGCUCAGAAGACCAUAUCAACCAAACCGGGUCUGGUAAAACCGAAUUUAACGACUACAGUCAAUGGUUUACGUAGCACCAAAACAGCUACAGCUCCUCCUGCAAUAAAAACAACUGGAAGAAGUGGAUUACAGCGACAUCCCAGGCCCUCCAGCAAAACCGAGUGCUAUGGUCCACCCAACAAUGUGGCAUCUAGAUUGUCGGCACGCUCCCGAACCAUGUUGGAAAUAAAUGGAAGAAACACCAAUUCAAGUGCUAGAACUUUACCGAAGAAAACUAAUCCAGGUUCCAUUUUAAGCACGGCCACACGAACUAAAAUGAGUUCCAGACUAAGUUCUAGAGAGGAUAUAACUAGUUCCACAUCCACUCUGAAAGCUAGCAAUGAACAACUUUCAAAUUCAAGAAACACUUUGAAGGCGGAGAAUCAACAUUCCGAACCAAAACAGAUUCAACCUCCGACUGAUGCUGACGAUGGAUGGUUGACUGUAAAAAACCGAAGAAGGACCAGCAUGCAUUGGGCAAACAGAUUCAAUCAGCCCACAGGCUAUGCCAGUUUGCCGACGUUGGCGUUGUUGAACGAGCAGCAAAAGGAGCAGGAGCACAAAGAAAAGCAGAAAGGCGAAGACGACGGCAAAGUUAUCGUCAAAACAAUAUCGGCUAAAACUAAAGCUCCAAUCGAAGUGGCUAAGGCUAAAGCGAAGACAUCAAUAGUCAUAACGCGACCAGAAAUCAAAAAUGCCAAAGCUAAGGUUAAUUCAUUUCCCGUUCAGAAAAGCAACACUAAUCAAGUGAAGAAACCAGAGAAGCAGGAAAAGUCUGACACCACAGCUCCCGCAGCAAUUGCUUCCUCAAGUAACACUCGUAACAGCAGCCACAGUAUUUGUGUUGGACGCAAUUCCAUUAUCAAACGACAGAAAUCUGAUCUUACAGGGCUUAAAAUGACAUCCUUGCACAAGGAGUACAUGAGGAGUGAGAAGAAUGCGCUGAGAAAACUACAACAAAAGGAGCAGGGCAACCAGCAACACAACAGCAGCUCCUCUUCCGCGGAAACCGUAGUGGAAUCCUGCAAUGAAGACCAUAGCAAGAUCGAUAUUAAGAUACAAACCAACUGCGAGUUCUCCAAGACCAUAGGCGAACUCUACGAGAGCAUUGCCCACUGCAAGCUCCCAAGUGGAAGUCUUAAAACCAAUGCUAGCACCCUGAGUGCUUGUGAUGAGAACGAAGAGCAAAAUACGGAUGACAACGAGGAAGAGCGUAAUGAAAGGAUCUUAGGAGAGGUUCAGGAAUCCCUGGAGCGACAAAUCAGGGAGCUGGAACAAACUGAGAUCGAUGUGGAUACGGAAACAGAUGAAACGGAUUGUGAAGUUCAGCUGGAGGAGCAGGACGACGGAGUUGAUGGCUUGGAGAUGGGCAGCGGCGAUGAUUCGGCUGUUUUUGUGACCAUGAGCGAUGAUGAGAACGCCAGCUUGGAGUUAAGAUACCAAGCGCUGCUUUCUGACAUGUCUUGGAACGAAAGAGCUGAGGCUUUGGCCACCUUGCAGGCAUAUGUUGCCAGACACCCUGGAAGAGCUCAAGAGCUUCAUCAGAAGUUAUCAUCGCCGUCCAGGCGUCGUUCCCUACAGGAAACUCUGAAAAAAUAUCAAGCAAAACAGGCGAGAGCCCAGCAGAAGCGGAAUCUGCUUCAGCAGGAAAAGGCAGCUAAGUUACAGCAGCUAUUUUCAAGGGUGGAGGAUGUCAAGGCAGCCAAGAAUCAAAUUAUCGAAGAUAAACGUCAGAAAAUGCAAGGACGACUCCAAAGGGCAGCGGAAAAUCGAGAACAAUAUCUAAAGCAAAUCAUUGAGAAAGCACAUGACGAGGAGAAGAAACUCAAGGAAAUAAAUUUCAUUAAGAACAUAGAAGCUCAAAACAAGCGACUCGAUCUCCUGGAAUCCUCCAAGGAAACAGAGGGUAGACUGCAAGACCUAGAGCAGGAAAGGCAAAAGAGGGUGGAGGAAAAAUUGGCCAAGGAAGCCGCUGUCGAAAGACGACGACAAGCCCUAGAAAAAGAACGUUUGCUCAAGCUCGAGAAGAUGAAUGAAACGCGCCUGGAGAAGGAGCAGAGAAUUGGUAAGAUGCAGGAGCAGAAGGAGAAACAGCGACAGGCUCUGGCGAGAGAAAAGGCCAGGGAUCGAGAGGAGAGACUUCUAGCCCUACAAGUCCAACAACAACAGACGACGGAGGAGCUGCAGCGAAAGAUUCUCCAAAAACAAAUGGAAUCCGCUCGACGUCACGAGGAGAACAUCGAACACAUCCGGCAAAGAGCUCUGGAGCUGACUAUUCCCACCAGACAGGCGGACGAGGGACGUGGCGAUCAGGACGUGUCCGAGGACAUCUUGAAUGGAAACGCAACAAGCACCACCAAUGAGGAUUGUGACUUAUCCUCUUCUCUUUCCGAGGUGGGGGGCAACAACGCUCACACGAGGAGCUACAAGAAGAAGAUGAAAAAACUUAAGCAGAGGAUGAAUCAGUGCGCUGCCGAGUAUUUGGAAAGUUUGGAGGCCUUGCCCGCACACGCAAGAAGAGAUAGUACAGUUCCCAAGCUGCUAAAUCUGGUGGUCAAGGGUGGAGGUGCCCAAGGACUGGAUAGAAACCUAGGCAACCUUUUGCGUGUCAUACCCAAAGCUCAGACCUUAGAUUUUCUAGCUUUUCUCUGCAUGGAUGGCUUGGGCAUACUGGCCAACCACGUGAUUAGCAAGGGCAUGGAUGAAAACUCAGAGAUCUCCCGGAAGUCCGUCUAUUUGGCCGCGCAGCUGUACCGGAAUGCCUGUUCCGUGUGUCCUCAGAUUGCUCGUCACGCUCUUCUGGGCAAUUCCAUAACCGUUCUGUUCGAUGCCAUCAACAAGAGUUUCCAGUUACCCGAAGAAAAAUCACCACAACAUCCGGUCGAGUUGUCCACGGAGCUAAUGCUGGCCUGCACGGAGGCGCUGUCCUCGAGUUACGUGAAAAAGAACACCCACCCAAAAGUUCCGGAACGCCUGCCGGACAUGAUAAACUAUGCUGUGAUUACGGGCUUGAUCGAAAUCCUUUCCCGUCGCAUUCAGAAGGUGCGGGAGUCCAUCGAGAGCAACAAGAGUGUGAUGCUGAGUCUGCUGACCACUUUGGGCUUCCUGUCCCGCUUCAUUGAUGUUUGCCAGCCGGGUCCUGCCGAUCCGACACGUCUGCUGAGCGCGGCCAAGUCCACUGAGCUCUUUGGAACCGUUUCGAUGCUCUAUGGCUGCGUGAUGCCAAUGGGUGAAUGCAUUCCACCACGCACGACCGCCCUGGCGGCAUCGACUUUUCAUCUCUACGUGUCCCUGGCCUCCUUGGAUGUGAACACCUUCCAGGAGACCCUAACUGUGGAGGGUCCUUUGUCGCUGAAGCUGUUGGACGUGAUGACCGUCAUCCUGAACUGCAGUUUAGUGAAUGACCAAUGGACAACGAACAGCGAGAGCUGCCCAAUGCUGAUUGACCUUGUCGCCUCGAUGGCCUUUUUCUGCGUUAACAAUCGCAGACAUCAGGACCUGCUGAUAUCUGAGCAGUAUGCCGUGAUCUUCAAGAGGAUGGCCAAGCUGCCCACCCAGUUUAACCCUGUGAUUUAUCCCUUCCUGGUCACGGUUUCCUUCAACAAUCCGCCAGCCAGAGAGUUCCUCAGCAAGGACUUCGAUUUGACGUUCCUAGAUGAGUACAGCAAAUCGGAGAUGGCCCAAAGGAAUGUGGUCAUUAAACUGAUAAACAGCCGCACCAAAGACAAAAUCAGCGCCGGUAAUAAGAAAAAUGCGUAGAUACAAGAUACGCGCGAGGGCGGCAACUUAAUAUAUUCAAUAAAGACAUGUAUCACAUACAAUGAUCCUUCAACCUGAAGACCCAGCUUUCUAAGUGAUAUUAUUUUCGAAGAAAAUGAAAAAUCUGAAGGACAAAACUACUUGAAACAUUCGCAAGGAGAUCAACAGCAGGAUAACUGAACUUUGAAUGCAGAAGCGGCACUCAAAACAAACACUUGUAAUAUUAUCUUAAACUAGUUUACUAAACAAUCACUUCAUCUCACGCACUCUCACACAUUCGCUAAACACAUUCAGAUUAUUAGAUUUUAUAUUAAUAUAUACACCUAGGACAUAUACUUAUUGUAACUUAUGUUUAAUGCAAAGUAUUAACAUUAUUUAAGCGAUCCUAUCAAACUCCUACCCACAAGCACAUAACAAAUUCUCGAAUACCAUCAACAGCUUUCACCAAUACACAAAAAAAAAAAAAAAAAAAUAGAAAAGGUAAACAUAAAUGCAAUUACCUUUUUUAUUUUUAUAAAUCUCAACAUAAUUAAAAACAACGCGAAUGAAAUAAAAAACUGAACAAUCAAAGUCGUUUCGAGAGUGUAAAUACUUGUAUGGUGGCUAAAGGGGGUUGCUUUUUCAUUUAAUU